GCCGGAGUUACCUAUCCAACGCUUUUUCCUUGACCAGCGCUGUCUUUCUCCCUUUCCUUGCUCUGCAACAUUUAUCCCAGAAGCACCACACAUAAUCAGUCAAAAUGGCUCGCGGUAACCAAAAGGAGAGAGCUCGUGAAAAGACCUUGAAGGCUGCUGGCAACGUCAAAAACAAGAACAACAUGUCCGGUGCUGAGCAGGCCAAGGCCAAGGACGAUGCAGCCGCCAUUAUGCGUGCAAAGCAGGCCGCAGAGAGCCGCUGAGGGCAAGAAGUAAACUAAAUCUUCUUCUCUUUGCGUAUCA